AUUCUCCUAAAUUGCCAUUCAGAAGAGCAGUUGUCCAAGAAAUAUGCUGCUAAUGUUGAUUUCUUACAUUGUGACAUAAUGAGAAUGGCCGCAAACAUUCAGAUCAGCUUGAGAUACCCAUUCCCCAUUUAUUGACUUUUUUCCCCUUUUUUUUCCUAACAUGCAAAAUGUGUGAGUUGCUGCAUGGAAGAGUUCAGUAUUAUUGUUUUCCAUUGUUUCUCGGAUAUGCAUUUUAUUUUGUUGGGAUGACUUGAGCUCGAGUACUAGGCUACAUUGUAAAUUACCCCUCGGUGAAGUGGCUAACUUAAGCAUUCUAAGUGUUUAUCUGUAUCAUGAUUACGAUAAAUGUUACGCAACAACUUGAAUGUUAAAUUAUAUUAUUUGGUUUGUUUAAAAAUACUUGAAAUAUGACCCCCCCCAACAACACAUUAAAAGCUGGAGGUUUUUUGUUAACUUUUAGAAGAGGCGGAGCAUCAGACGGGUUGCCUCCCACAGUGGACCAAUGUUCCAGCCAUAGAUAUGGGAUUUCUGAAACUAGCUGAGUGUUGUUCCGUAGCACAUGCACAGAAGUUAUGGGGUUUUAGCUAUUGGGGAGACGUGUCCAGAACAGAAUAAAACGUGCUCCCUUGCCACAUUGAAAAGGGUUAGAUUAAUAGCCCCAAGUGAUCAUUCUGAGAAGACCAUUAUCUCUGGUUGUAAUGAAAAGAAACUUCAGCACGCUGAUGAUCUUAAUGCGACACAGAUUAAGGAUUUUACACCAAUUUGACCCUUCAUCAGAAUUUAUUUUCUGGUUGUGAGUCAAUGUUGAUUUCUUACAUUGUGACAAGAAUGACAUGAGAAUGGCCACAAGCCGUUCAGAUCAGCUAUUUAUGGAAUAUCAGUUAUUGAUGGAAUUAUCGACCGAUAUAGCGUUAAAAAUGCCGAUAUAGCAGUUAUUGGUGGAAUUAUCGACCGAUAUAGCGUUAAAAAUGCCGAUAUAGCAGUUAUUGGUGGAAUUAUCGACCGAUAUAGCGUUAAAAAUGCCGAUAUAGCAGUUACUGGUGGAAUUAUCGACCGAUAUAGCGUUAAAAAUGCCGAUAUAGGCCGAUUGUCUGUGAUGCGAUGUAUUGGUCAGGUUCUAAUUGAAACUUCUGACAGACCUCAUAUCAUGGGGAUUAAGAGACUUUGUAUUUGAGCCGAACACUGCACCUUGCCAUCAAUAACCUGCAGUAUACUGCGUUUACACUACACUAUAUGCACUGUAUAUAUUUGUUAAGGCAGCAUCCUUUCCUCUGCAUAUCCCCUCUGUAAAUUGUAUAUCCUCACUAAAUCAUCUUCUACUCCAGAAUGUUAUGUUUACUGUAAGUAUGUUGACUGUCUGUAUUCUGUUAGUACACUGUCUAUUGCUGGCAGCGCCUACUCACCAAGUCAAUGAACUGUACUUGACGAAUAGGGAUUCUGAUGCCCUCUGCUGGCCAGACACUGAUUUUAUGGAUCACUCUCAGAUCCAGGCCAAAAGCCAAGUUUCGAAUUCAGUGGAAGCCACACCUACUGCUCAGAACAAACCAUUAAACCGGGAAACAAGUACCUCUCUCUGACUCUGCUGCUCAGUCUGAUAGGGUGUGUUUCACCAUGGCAGAAGCUGUUUUUGAUAAGGAUUUGAUUACCUGUUCAAUCUGUCUGGAUCCACUGAAGGAUCCAGUGACUACUGCCUGUGGACACAGUUACUGUAUGGGCUGCAUUAAAGAAAGCUGGGAUCAGGAUGAUGGGAAAGGUGUCUACAGCUGUCCCCAGUGCAGGCAGACCUUCACCCCAAGACCUGUUCUGGGGAAAAAUACUCUACUGAACGAAUUGGUGGAGAAACUGAAGAUGACAGGACUCCAAGCUACUCCUCCUGCUUACUGUUAUGCUGGACCUUUACAUGUGGGGUGUGACAUCUGCGCUGGGAGAAAACUCAAAGCUGUCAAGUCCUGUCUGCUGUGUCUUGCCUCUUACUGUGCGACUCACCUAAAACUUCACAAUGACCUCAACCAAGGAAAAAAACACAAGUUGAUUGAUGCCACUAGACUACAGGAGAAGAUUUGCACUCGCCAUGACAAACUGCUGGAGGUUUACUGUCGUACCGAUCAGCAAUGUAUCUGUCUGCUGUGUGUGAUUGAUGAUCAUAAAGGCCAUGAUAUAGUCGCCGCUGCAGAAGAAAGGACUGAAAAACAGAAGCAGUUGGUGGGAAAUAAUCUGAAAUCUCAGCAGAGAAUCCAGGAGAGAGAGAAGGAGAUGCAGGAGCUGAGACAGGCUGUGGACUCUCUGAAGCGCUCUGCACAAGCUGAAUUGUUUGACAGCGAGAGGACCUUGACUGAGCUCAUCCACUCCGUUGAGAAAAGGCGCUCUGAGGUGAAGGAGCUGAUCAGUGCCCAAGAGAAGGCUCAAGUGAGUCGAGCUAAAAGGCAUCUGAAGCAACUGGAGCAAGAGGUCGCUGGACUGAGGAGGAGAGAUGCUGAGCUAAAGUACCUGUCACAAACAGAAGAUCAUAUCCAUUUCCUCCAGCAUUUCCAGUCUCUCUGUGUCCCUCUUGGAUCUGAGGGCACACCCAGCAUCAUUGUCACCUUUGAGCACGUGAAGAAAUUUGUCACUGAACUGAAAGAGCGACUACAAGACAUCUGCAAGGAGGAAAUGGACAGAAUAUACGGGAAAGUGACUAAAGUUCCAAACAUUUGCCCUUCUGAGCCCAAGACCAGAGAGGAGUUCUUAGAAUACUGCUGCCCGCUGACAUUGGAUCCCAACACAGCAAAUCAACUCCUGUGUCUGUCUGAGGGGAACAGAAAGGUGACCAGGAGUCAUAAGAUCCAGACCUAUCCCAACCAUGAACAUAGAUUUAGCCACUGGAAACAGGUGUUGUGUAAAGAGGGUGUCUGGAGUGUGUCUGAACCCUGCUACUGGGAGGUAGAGUGGACCGGGGUGGAGGUUGAUGUAGCCGUCUCAUAUAAAGGGAUCAGCAGGAGAGGAAGUGGUCAUGAGUGUUGGUUUGGUGCUAAUGACCAGUCCUGGAGGUUGUACUGCUCUGCAUCUAGAUGCUGUUUCUACCAUAAUGGUAGAGAGACCCCUAUCCCUGCCAUCCGCUCAGACUCCAGAGUCGGAGUGUACCUGGACCACAGGGCAGGAACUCUGUCCUUUUACAGCGUGACUGUCUCAGACACCAUGACCCUCCUCCACGGAGUCAAGACCACGUUCACUCGGCCCCUCUACCCUGGGUUUGGGGUUGGUUCAUCUGUGAGGAUACUGACACCAUUUUUGAGUAGUAACUGACUUUAUGUACGGUGUAAAAUAUGAACGUAGAUUACAGUACUUCCCUAUGGAACGACUGUGCAAAUAGAAAAGUAUCAGGAACACAUUGUAAAGUGGGAUGGUUAUUUGUGUACUUUUUGGAAACUUUGAAAAAGCCGUGUUGAUUGUCAUCAAUCAUACUCCCUGUGUGUACAGCGAACAAUAAGUUCAGCUGCUGUUCAACAUAUUCAAUGCCAACCAAAAGACAAUGUGUUUAGACUUUGCGAUGUAAGUAGGUUAGUAUACCGGUCACUUUGUACUUUUCUAGCCAUAACUCUGCCUUACCAUAUAGUAAUGUAUGUAUACCAGGCACUACUCUAUAUUAGUUCAUUAAAAGUGAGUGAUUUGUU